UGAUCGACUAGAGCGAGGAGGUGUGAAUACAAUCGGCAAGGAGCAUUUCACCACUCUAUACAGCCCCGCAAGGGAAAAGGCUUUCACGUCUAAGAACAUUAGGCUGGUUUUGCUGCAAGUGGUUUGGUGCCAUUCAACCCAGAGAGAGUGAUCAGAGAUAUGCCAAAGCCUCCACCUACAAUAAACAUUUCGAAAGCCGAUGCGGCGAAGGUGGGGCCUUGUCCACAAGACCAAGAUGCUUAUGUGCUUGAUGAGACGAGCAAACAGAGCCUACAGAGGCACUUACACAAGUUCGUUAAAGCCGCGCAAACAUCCUUUGCCAAGGGUGUCCUCCAGCAGGACCACAUUCGAUUCUUAAGCAGAAUUAACGACGAAGCCAAAGUUCGACGAUCGACCAAGUCAGAAAUAUUGGCAAAGGGGGUGGGGAAGGUGAUGAGCUACGAGGACCUCGAGGCAGCACGAGCGGCGCGUGCUGCGAAAGAACAAGCCAAAGCGGAGGGAAAAGGAAAACGUGGUCGGAAGCGCAAGAGUCCUGUAGAGGCAGACGCACCAGAGACACGCAAGGGAAAACGUGAUCGGAAGCGCAGGAGUCCGGAAGAAGCUGGUGCGGCAGAGCCAAAGGCCAAAGUUGCGCAGAUGAGCGAAGUGUCAGAGCCAGCGAGGGCCCCAAUGGCGCGGAUGAGCGAAGCUCAGGUUGAGGAGGAUGAGACUGCGCCAAAGCCAUGGAGAGCCCCAGUGGCGCGGAUGUGGUAGCGGAGGAUGCGGAAUGUAACUAGCUGUUGCUGUAUAGUAAUUAUUAGAGAGUGAUCUUCGUCGCAUUUCCAGCGCAGUGGUCGUACAGACAGGCAAAUGGA